AUGGCAAACAUUCGCAAGGUCCAAUACACCGCCUUCGGGAUGCUGGCCUUUUACAUGAUCACUGGUAUCGGCGCCCUCGUCCUGGCCAAUAUGUGGCUCAGCAGUGCGGCAGCCCCUCGUGAAGCCGUUAUCUCGCGCGAAAUCGAAAAAGCCGGAGCAAUUCUUGGUGGCAUUGUCGCAGGAACAGGACUCAUUGGAUUUGUCGGCGCCAUCGCGCCGGUUAAACGCAAGGACUGUCUGAUGGCCUUUAUUGUUCUCCUGAUCGCUGUCAUCCUGGCCGAGCUCGGACUGGGAGGCGUGAUCUGGUUCAAGACCUUGCGUAUGCGUAGCACCUUCCAGGACCAGUGGACUAACCUGUGGGCGGAUACCCUCAAGGUUGCCUUCCAGGACAUGGAUACUCUGACAGGGUACGGACAAUGCUGCGGCUACCUCUUCCAAACCGAGGUGGUCUCCUCCGGAGCCUGUGCGGCAAACCCCACUUCAAUCGAGUUCCCAGGAUGCGAAGAGAAGGUCUCGGCCUUCGCAGACGGUUACCUCCGCAAGCUGUUCACGUCACUGUUCGGAUUCACGAUCGUCAACGUCUUUGUCUUUGUCACGAUGAUUAUCCUUAUCCAGACCAGGAACGAUGAAGAGAGAUAUAUCCGUAUUGGCAAGAAGGAGGGCAGAACCUACAUCGAUUCCAUCUAA